UCCGUUGCCAGUUUAGUUUGAGCUGCGCUCUAGAAUGCUUGGACAAAGCGCACUGAUCACCUUACUGCUGGGACUGCUUCGGAUUGGCUCCGAGGUGCAAUCAGCCCCGGACACCGUGCAGUGCGGCCUUUUCGAUGAGGACAACUUCCUCAGGCUGGGCAGCUUCGCCUAUCCCACGGAGCACCAGUGGGUGGCCCGGGUCACCUUUACCAAGGGUUUCGAGGGCAAGAUCCGGGAGAACGGUUGCCUGGGCGUGCUGAUAUCCAAGCGGACGGUGCUGGCUCCAGCCCAUUGCUUCGUGCAAUUUAACGGAAUGGCGGAAGGCCUGUCCGUGCACCUGGGCGUCUUCAACAAGAGCACUCCCAUCAAUGAGCCCUCCUGCGACCCGGACGGCUUUUGCGUGCGCCCGGCCCAGGAGAUCAAACUGGCCGAAGUGGCCAUCCACCCGGAGUACGAUUCCCUGACGCUAAAGAACAGCCUGGCGGUGCUCACCCUGCAGCGGGACGCCAAGCUCAAUGCGAACGUAAUGCCCAUCUGCAUGCCGCCUCCCCACUUGGUCAAUCAGACGCUGGUGGCUCAGACAUUCGUAGUGGCCGGGCUUCGCACUGUGAGGGACCUUCGGCUGAAGCUCACGGUGAACACACUCAGCCGUUCCUUCUGCCAGUCAAAGGUCAGCUCGCUGGUCACCAGCAGCACCACGGUCUGCGGUUACCAAAGCAAGCCGGAGCGCUUCUACACAGGGGCGCCGCUGGUUGGGAUGCAGGUGAAGGGUCAAGCCACCCAGAACUUCUACCUGGUUGGCCUGAUGCUGGACUGGCGUUGGGAGAACAGCCGAAUCAUGUCCAGCUUCCUGGCCAUCAACAACUAUCUGGACUUUAUCUACCAGAAUUCCGACUCACUGAUUGUACGCUCCUGAGCGAAAAAUAAAGAAGGCAUAGUGCGCAUAGAGCAA